CAAGGGUUGAGUCCCACCCAUUCUUAGCGCUGGCAGGUUUUCCAACGCCACUCAGCGGCGCAUCACGGUGGUUUGGUAGCGGGUGGGGAAGAGUCGGGCAACGACUGACCCUCGUAUACAGCAAAACUUGGACGGAACACGGGGUUAGGGGUUGCCCAGACUAGUUUCAAACCCACAAGCCACCACGCCUGGUUUUACCUUCCUCUCCAUACCUGUGAGCUCGUCUAAUGUCGGAUUUCAAGCUUGGGAUUGUUCGACUUGGCCGUGUGGCCGGGAAGACAAAGUACACCCUCAUUGAUGAACAGGACAUACCACUUGUGGAAAACUAUGCCUUUGAGGCUCGCAUGGAGGUUGAUGCUGAUGGCAACGGAGCAAAAAUCUUUGCUUAUGCCUUUGACAUUGGCAAAGGCCGUUGGGCUGCUCGACCCCUGCAUGAGUUACUCUGGGAAAAACACAGAGGUGGCAUCGCUCCUAGUUUCCAAGUCGUCCACAUAAACUCAGUCACAGUGGACAACCGUCUAGACAACUUGCGCCUCGUUCCUGUUGGCUGGAGUCCCAAACCAGAGGAGCUGUCCAGCAAGCAAAGAGAGCAGUCACUGUACUGGCUGGCCAUCCAGCAGGUGCCAGCAGACCCAGUUGAGGAACAGUAUCUGGAGUUGAGCCGCACACGCUACUACAACGCUAACGGAGAGCUUGUGGAGGAGGAAGAGUGCUCCUGCACGUACUACGAAUGUCAUUAUCCCCCUUGUUCGCUUAUUGAGAGGAGGCUGCGAGAGUUCAACAUCUGUGGUCGAUGCCAGGUGGCGCGCUACUGCGGUUCCCAGUGUCAGCAGAGGGAUUGGCCAGCCCAUAAGAAGCAGUGCCGCGAACGCAAGAGGGUCCUGGCCCUAGAGUCUGAACCUGAGCGGUGAUCCCUUGAACACCACUCUGAAGAAAGGUCCUAGGGGAAGGGGGUUUUCGGGUGAGACUUACAGUUAAGAUGCAAAAUGAAAUCUGCUGACUGACUAAUAGGAUGGGUGACGUUGGUGGGCUAACAGGCCUGUUCAGGGGGGAAAAAUACCUUGCUUCCCAGAACUUUAUCUCCUUGGCGUGUCUGAGGUGGUUAUGGGAAAUUAGGGGAUUUUUUUUUUAAAUAUUUUUUGUUUUGUUUUUUUUGGAGGGAGGCUAUAAAAGGCUCUACCUGCUGCUAUGGAUGUGUGUUUUGUGAAGAAAAACGCCAUGCCGUCAUGACUUCCUCUGUGGACUGUCGACAGUUCAUAAGCUCACUCCUUCCUUCCAUCCACGCACCCGUCAUGAAGUGUUAGCCGCUGGUAUCGAGCGACAAGCCUGCUGUACGAAGAGACGGAAUAAUGGAGUAAUGGACCUCUUCACUGUACUACCCUUUUUCCUCUCCUGGUUGAACUUCCUGUGCACAUAACCAUGCACAUGCUCACCUACUUGCCAUAAUGUUCCCCAACAAGUGUGCAGUAGAGGACUGCGUGAAUUCACACUACCAGUAUUUGUUCGUGUGUGUGUAUGUGCGAUGCCAUUAAUGACUGAAGGACAUGGAUGAAGUGGUAGAAUAUUUUUUUUGGUUUUGUUUUUAUCUUUCUUUCAGGGGAGAGUGGGGUGGGAGGAGUUUUUUGUUGAAGCUGGGAUGUUGUUGCUUGUAGAACUGUUUCCAUGUUCCUGUGUCAAGUUUCUGAAAAUGCAUUACUCUCGGUGCUGCAUUACAAUCCCAGUUACCCUUCCAGCUUCAAUUAUGUUCACGCGCCAUCACGAGCAUUCAGCUUCGAGGGACGUCCUGGAAAAAACUUGAAAAUCCACAGUGAAAAGUUGUCUCUUACUAAUGUGGACAACGUGUACUUGGAUGUGUCUUCAAGUUGACGUUUGGGUUCCCAGUUAUUAAUUUAUAAAUCUGUCCUUUGUGUCCACAUAAGCAUUGCUUAUGUAGUCAUGCGUUCUUAUUUUAUUUUUGUAUAACCCUCCACCCAAAAACAAGGAAAAAAAAAACAUACAUGCACACAUGUCUAAAGUGCGUCUUCCUCUUAUGUGAAGGGCAACUCUACCGAACUGUGAUGCGCACACACACAUA